AUGGGCCAAAUCUGUUGCUACAGAAAAAAUGCCAUAAUAACUAAGAUCGAGGCCGCGAUCGGGUGCGGCACUGUGGUUUCAUACCUCAACCCAUGCCUCCCCUAUGUGACGAAUAGGGGCCCACUUGGGGGGUGCUGCGGCGGCGUAAAGGGUCUUUACGGCGCUGCCAAGACGACCCCGGACAGGCAGGCCGUCUGCACCUGCCUGAAAUCCCUGGCCGCCUCAUACUCCGGAGUCAACCUUAGCAAGGCCGCUGGCCUCCCCGGCCAGUGCGGUGUCAGCAUUCCGUACAAGAUCAGCCCCUCCACUGACUGCUCCAAGGUGAAGUGAGGAUUGAUCAUAUGAUGGUGAUUUCAGUUGUAUUCUGACAGCCUAGCUACGUUGAAGUACUAUGAAUAAAACAAGAUAUUGGUUGUAAUUAAUGGUUUCUUUCCAUUGGAUAUGAACCAAUAUUUACUUUUUAUAUUAUUAAUGAGAGUGACUUUUAUUUA